UUACAUAUAUCACUUAAUCUACGGAGCUAUCUAGGUGGCGCCGACGGACGACGCUGCCGCGCGCCGCACGGCUCAGGCCGGCGGCUUCGUCUCUGUUCAAGAGUGGGCCCCGACUUUGUUGGUUGGCGACCUACCGAAGCGCUGGGACUCCAAUGCUUUGACCGGGUCCUCCCCUUUGGCCUCGGCUUUGCGCAGCGUUUCGUUCCAUCGUUGUAUGGAUCGAGGAGUGAUGCCAUAGCGCGCCGCGAGAGCUGUAGAUGCACCCGGCGCAGGCCGCGAGCGCCCCACCAGCAGCUCGCGGUACUCAGCAACGGCCGCACGCCGGACGGCCGGCGACAGAUCGACGUGCGACCCAGGCUCACGCUGCUCGAGCGGCGAUUCGAAGAUCCAGGCGGGGUAUGUCGGCAGCGGCGAGGGCGGUGGCCGAGCCGGCGACAAAGGCUCGACUGGCAGCGCUGCCCGCGGCGUCACCACCGCCGGCGGGCUAGCGUCGCGCGCCGCCGGCACAUCGACGUCGACCGUGAGCUGUUCGGCCCGGACGUGGGCAGCGGGCACCUCACCCUCGUCGCCAUCGUCCCAGGCGACUUUGUAGCCGCCCUCGAGCACUUCGUCGACGACGCCCGGGUACCACUUGUAACCCCACAGCGCACUAACGCGAUCACCGACGUCAUACGCAGCAGGCUUAUAUGGCGCGACGCGCGAAGUUGUGCGACAGUUCGGGCACGCCGUCAGCGUGCCGCGCCGGGACGUGGUCGCAGCCGUGCCCACCGCCGCAGCACACUGCGCGAGGCACGCGGCGUGGAAGCGGUGGCCACAGGGGAGCGCCACCACACCGCUGUCGAGCGCGUCGAGACAGAUGCUGCAAUCCAUUAAUCGACUUUGCGCCGCGCCUUGAAGCCCUGGUAGAGCGUGUAGCCGAUCCACGAAUACAUGAGGACCACGGUCACGGCUGCACAGCCGAUGAGCACGUAGAGGCCCGUGCCGACCUCGUCUUCGUCGUCAAACUUUUCAGCCAUGCUGAGCUGGCCUUCGAGGCGAGCCGCCGCUGCUCGGCGAGGCCUGAUAGCUGCGAGAUGAGGAUCAAUUGGCUUGCAAAAGCCGCGUCG